CGUUAGUUCCGCGCCAACUUUCGUCCCGAUCGGAUGUGCUUUUUUGAGCUUCCGGGUUCAUUCUUGAAUGGUUGUUUGAUAUUUUGUGAUCUCUGGUUGAGUUGAAAUUUUGUCUCCAGUUCGUGGAUAUAGUCGUGUUCACUGGAGCAUUCUUCCGACGGGGGACCGGAAACUUCCGGUGGCGGGAAGUUUCGGAGGAGUUUUCUGAGGGUUGUGCCGUUGUGAUUGAAAAAAAAAUUGGUUUAUGUUGCGCGAGCAUUCUUCACGUGUUUGAUUGCGGAAUUCAGUGACACCGGAUGGCAUUGGUGGUGACUGCGUGGAGGAUGCUCCCUGGGGGUGUCAUGAGAGGAUUUCUGGAGAAGAAUCAGCAAGGAUUUUCGCCUAUUGUGGGGCUUUCUUGAGUGGAUAUUGCUUCCGUUCGCACCGUGUGGGAUGCUGUGAGGACACAGCUGUGAAGAAAUGCUUCGUUGAUGUAUCGGAGUGUCGUCUUGUGAUUGGGCGUUGUCGUCGUCGGUUGAUCGACCGCCAUGAAUACCAUCCACGUGUGUAAAUUGAAAGAUGUGGUAAAGUGCCAAUUUAACGAUUCUUAAUUCUAUCAGCACAGUUUGUGAUAUUGUACAACCCCUUACUUGAAGUAAUCUACCAUCUACACAGUGAUUUAGUGUAACAGAGGAUUCUCACCGCAUCCGAAAGUGAAUUAUGUGAAACGAUUCUUCUUCACGAAGAUCCAUCAGCCCCUUCCCAAAAACCAUCAAAAGUUUCCGGGGGUGAACCCGAGGCAGAAGAGCUACCAUCUUGGAGUAACUACAUGAGCUUUAAAACAAUCACUUGUGAAGUGUGAAAAUAUUUACUGCUGUCUUGUGGGUUGCCACAACGUUUCGGUAACGGCUUACAUGGUGUUGCAGAAGCUGGCAUAUGGAAACGCAAUGGAUUCUGUCGAGAUGAGCAGUAUGAUGAUGAUAAAACUGUCACCGUGUCCGCAGAGUGACAAGUGUUCCCAGAACCACCAUUUCCGCUCCAGGACGUGGUUUCCAUAGAAGCAAAGAGGCCAUGCUUCAUACACCAGCGCACACAACGUGAUAACGAAUAUGGCAGUGCCGUUGUUGCCGAAAAAUGUUCCAGGACUUUUAUUGUGUGCAACGAAAUUAACAGUCAGUGAAAAUAACGUUGGUUGGUUGUGCCCAAUGGUGCUAGUGAAAUAAAAUAUAAAAGUCUAAAAAUAGAAUAACGUAACAGCCGUCCAUCCCCGAGUCCGCGAAAAGUGCCAGCCAAAAUGGAUCUGGUGCUGUCGAAGCUGAACCUGACGUUGGACAACGUGACGUUGGCCACCAGCACCAUUCGGCAGGGUCUGAUCGAGCAGUACAGCAAUAACCGCAAAAUUGAUGACCCGGCCUACCACAUCCUGAUUGUGCUGUACAGUACGCUGAUAAUAUUCGGUGCAACCGGAAACUGUCUCGUCGUGAUGGCCGUUGCCCGGAAGCCCCAGAUGCGGACAGCGCGUAACAUGUUCAUCGUCAAUCUGGCCGUGUCAGAUUUACUUCUCUGCCUGGUAACGAUGCCGCUGACGCUGGUGGAAAUUCUCACCAAGUACUGGCCGAUGGGCCGGCUGCCGUUUCUGUGCAAGUCGAUCGGGACGCUGCAGGCGACCAGCAUCUUCGUGUCGACCAUCUCCAUCACGGCGAUCGCUCUGGACCGGUACCAGUGCCCUAUGUCCACUCAAGACGCUGUUGAUUCUCAUCUAUUUCGACCAUAUUUUCACCCACUCUCUAUCUCUGUUUUCACAGGUCUGAAGAAAAUCGUCUGGCCGUUGCUCUUUGGACUGCAAAUAGUGAAAACCGUGCUGCUGGUGCUGUUCCUGCCCAGUAUCAUUGGAUCGCUCGGUAAAAUCGUCGGCAAAGGGCUCGGUUCGGUGUCCGGGCUGUCCCAUCCGGCCGCCACCGUCGAGGAUUUGGACUUUAAGGACAACUCGUACAACUCGGACCAGGACUUCCAGAUGAACAUGGAGAACAACGCCUAUCUGCCGCCGCUGGACUCGCACCCGUCCGGCACCAGCUACAACCUGAUGUACGACGCGAACAACGGCGCGUUGUCGCGGCUGGGCUUCGGUGGCGGCCGCGUCACGUACGUCAACUCGCCGAACGACCGGCAGCAGAAGCGCAACGACUUCAAGAUCUUCCACGACAUCCCGAGCAGCAGCCUGCUGCUGACGAACUACGACCCGUUCUACAGUCCGCUGCUGUCGCGGUUGGACGCCGUGUUUGCCCAGAUGGGCCUAUCGAGCAAGGAGGAGGCCUGCCGGGAGAAGCUGGUGUGCCUGAUGUACGCGAACCCGGCCAAGUACGCGCCGUACAGCAACCUCAUUUCGGCGCAGCUGAGCAGGGAACUGAACGAGCUGCGCAAGCCCACCAACGACAACCCGGACAUUCUGCGGUUCUUCAAGUACAUGCGGUCCGCCAAGGACGGCCAGGACGGCGUCGACUGCGAGCGGUCGUACAAGGAGUGCUCCGGCUACAAGGACCUCUCGAACCCUGCCAUGGUGACGACGUUCAACGACAUCAACAAGCUGGUCCUGGCCCGGAAGCUCUAGGGAGGAGGAGGAUGAGGACAAAUCGGAAAGAAACACAAAGUUGGAUUUCAGGUAGCAAACGUAAAAGCAAUCAGUCGUCGACUCGAGUCGAGCAGCAGCAGUAGAGUUUACUUAGUUAGCGAGCAAAUGUAGUUAGAGCGAACGAAAUGAAUCUCUUUGUCUGUGGUGCGGGGAUUAUCCUGUGGUAAGAAAAGUCUUUUCAAUUCCCGGCCUCCGCGCACCUGAGAAGGGUUGAAGUUUCUUCCGGAAGCCCGGAAGGAAGCAGUGUAAUUGUUAGUUUAACGCUUGUUGAAAGUACGAGUGCCUUCCGGGAAGUUCGGGAAGGCACCGAUAGCAACUUUUCGACUUUAGUCUUUGGAUGGUUUCUUUGUAAAGAAGAAAAUCCAAGAAAGCAACGGUUAGGUUUAAUCUUAAGCUGCUACACCUAUCAUUGUGGGGGAAAAGUAAUUUUAGUUGGAUGAAAUGUGCCUGUAAUUAUGUAUGUUUUAGUUGUAACUGCUUGUCCUAUCUCUUAAAUAAUUUAUUUAUUUAUUUAAAUAUUUAUUUAUUUAUUUCACUGGAAAGUCAACUGUCUAAAUGAAGAUAGACACACGAACGGAAAGUAAUCCGUUACCGAAUUAUGUCAUAGGAUACAAAUGAAAUAAAAUAACUCUUUAAUGUCUAAAACUGGUAUUACUAUUAGCUACUUUCGAGAAAAUGUUUCAGACCUGUUUCUUUUGUCGCUUGGUGUUUGUUGUUACGUUGAACUCCUGAAU